GAUGACUGGACAGAGGCGUGGCCAUGAGCGUGAACCUGAAGCCGUCCUCACUGAUUACUUUGUGAGGCGGCUGAGCGUCUUGUCAGUGAUGGCGUGCUUGAUGGCCGUCUGGUCCGCCCACAACCCGACCAUCACCAACGCCAUCAUCAUGAACACCAAUGGGCCUCCAGACCUGAUGCUGGACCCUCGAGCCGUGUGCGUCUUCAUGGAUCAAGUGGACAACAUGCGGCCACCGCCGCCGCCGCCACCACCGCAAGGACAUCAGAGGAGGGUGGACACCAACCUGACGGAGGCCCAGAGGUUCUCCUCGUUGCCGCGGAGGCCAUCUGUCAACAUCGAGUUCAGAGACGUGUCGUACUCUGUCAAAGAGGGACCCUGGUGGAGAAGGAGAGGUAACAAGACCCUGCUCAGAGGGAUCUCUGGGAAGUUCACCAGCGGGGACCUGGUGGCCAUCAUGGGGCCCUCGGGGGCCGGGAAGUCCACACUCAUGAACAUCCUGGCAGGCUACAGGGAGACGGGAAUGAAAGGGGAGAUCCUGAUCAACGGUCAGCCCAGAGACCUGCGUUCCUUCAGGAAAGUCUCCUGUUACAUUAUGCAGGACGACAUGCUGCUCCCUCACCUGACCGUGCAGGAAGCUAUGAUGGUGUCGGCCAACCUGAAGCUGCAGGAGAAGGCGGAAGCUAGGCGGGAGAAGGUCUGGGAGAUCCUCAUUGCCCUGGGUUUACUGGACUGUGUGAAGACCAGAACGUCUCACCUGUCAGGAGGGCAGAGAAAAAGACUGGCCAUCGCUUUGGAGCUCGUCAACAACCCACCCGUCAUGUUCUUUGACGAACCCACCAGUGGGUUGGACAGUUCCUCGUGUUUCCAGGUGGUGUCCCUGUUGAAGGCUCUGGCUCGAGGCGGCCGCACCGUCAUCUGCACCAUCCACCAACCAAGUGCCAAACUCUUUGAGCUCUUUGACAAGCUCUAUGUGCUGAGUCAGGGUCAGUGCAUCUACAGAGGAAACGUCUCCAGUCUGGUUCCCUACCUGAGAGACCUCGGACUCAACUGCCCUACCUACCACAACCCCGCCGACUUUGUGAUGGAGGUGGCGUCAGGGGAGUACGGGGAUCAGAUGGUGCGGCUGGUAACAGCCGUGCAGAACAGGAAGUUGGAAGGCGACCAGCAGACGGAGCUGAACGGAGACUCCAAGCCCCACACGGUGAUGUGGCAGCGAGCUGAUGAGGAGUCGUCGUCUGAAGGUUGCCAUAGUUUCUCAGCCAGCUGCAUGGUCCAGUUCUUCAUUCUGUUCAGGAGAACUCUCCUCAGCAUCCUGAGAGACUCGGUGCUGACUCACCUGAGGAUCUCCUCCCACAUUGGGAUCGGUGUUCUGAUUGGUUUGCUGUAUUUGGGCAUCGGCAAUGAGGCCAAGAAGGUCCUCAGUAAUUCGGGCUUCCUCUUCUUCUCCAUGUUGUUCCUCAUGUUCGCCGCUCUCAUGCCAACUGUUCUCACGUUUCCUCUGGAGAUGGCCGUUUUUCUGAGGGAACAUCUCAACUAUUGGUACAGCCUCAAGGCUUUCUACUUAGCCAAGACCAUGGCCGAUGUUCCUUUCCAGGUUAUAUUCCCGGUGGUGUACUGCAGUAUCGUGUACUGGAUGACGGCUCAGCCUCCAGACGCCACUCGCUUCUUCCUCUUCCUGUCCCUCGGGGUCAUGACCUCUCUGGUGGCACAAAGUCUCGGCCUUCUAAUUGGAGCUGCGUCCACGUCGCUGCAGGUGGCGACAUUUGUGGGUCCGGUCACAGCGAUUCCGGUUCUGCUGUUUUCUGGCUUCUUUGUGAGUUUUGAUACAAUCCCCUGGUACCUGCAGUGGAUAUCCUACAUCUCCUAUGUCAGAUACGGUUUCGAGGGAGUCAUCCUGUCCAUCUACGGUCUGGAGCGAGAGGAUCUUCACUGUGAACGAGACGACACAUGCCACUUUCAGAAGUCUGACGCCAUCCUGCAGGAACUGGACAUGAUGGACGCCAAACUAUACCUGGACUUUGUCAUCCUGGCCAUUUUCUUCUUCUCUCUGCGGCUCAUUGCUUACUUCAUCCUCCGAUACAAAAUCAGUGCUGAGAGGUAGACCAGAAUGGCAAGGCCGGGAUCUGGAUCAGGACUGGGGAGGAUAUCCCACGCUUAGGCCCAAAACCAAAUCAGUUGACUUUGUCCAUGUGUCCUGCAGAGACAGGAGCGGGUCUCCUAGCUCCUGUAGUUUUCCCUAAGCUGAGGGACCACAUGACGGAUGGACUGGGAAGUACUGUUUGGUCAAAGGUCAAAGAAGAAGCUGAGCAUUUAUGCUCGUCUUCACGCAAGACUGCAGUCAGAAGGUUCUCAUUUUCGCUUCAUUUGUUAAGAAGCUCAAAGAGAACGUCAACCACCAUCACUUGCUGUGGAAACUAGGGAUGCUCCGAUCGAUCGGCCACCGUCCAAUUUUUGUGAAAAAGCAUGUGAUCGGCAUAUGCCGAUAAAUGCCUUUCAAUGGCGAUCCUAAAAGCCGAUCACCUCAGGCUCGUACUAUUGCAGCAUGCAGCCUGUAGCGUCUUCCGCCCGCUUUCCUUUCCUUCAUGCUGCGUAGGCGUGCCAAACCCAAAACAAUCAUGUCUGCUAGGACUUACCUGUCGUUUAUGAGAGUGAUAUAAAUUUUGCACCCUGCAAAACAUGCCACGAAAAAUAUCUUGCCGGGGUAGCACGUUAAAAAGCUUUAAUUUAAUACGGAAUUUGAAGGACAAACACUUGACAGACUAUAGUGAGGUUCAGUCAAACGGCAGCUAAUGUAGCCAACGCUGCCAACACUCACCCGUAUGUGUCACAGUCUAAAGCAAAUAACCCGAAAAAUAUUUGAAUUCAUCGGAGUAAAUGACCAUCCUCUCUCAACGGUGGAAGACACCGAGUUUGCCAGCUGCUCUCUCACUUGGAGCCCCGCUGCAUGAUACCUGGGAGUCCUGCUAGAACGCCAUCAAACUAUGUACUCUCACAUCCAAACACUCCUUAAAGUAGGUGUCUCAUCCUCUGUAAGUUUCACCAGCGACAUAUGUAAGGGUCCCUUUUUCAUAUCAUAUAGCCAAUUGUAGGGGAGCAACCAGAAAUUCUGGGCCCCGUGAAAAAAAAAUCACGUUUUACUUUGUAAUAAUUACCUAUUUUUUGGGCCCCCUAGCAGUCAAGGGACCUUGGAAUUGUCCUAACUUUUCCCCCUUAUAUGCCACCCCUGGCCAAUAGCACUCACCAUAAAUACAUUUUAAAAUUUACACUUAAUCUGUGUGACCAGUAUCGGCCCAUUUCAAUCAUAGAUGAUCGGUAUCAGCAGCAUUGGAGCAUCCCUAAUGGAAACACAUACAAACCAAAGUGGUUUGGGCAAAUGAAACAUUAUCAGAUGGAAUGACUUGCAAACAACUUGUAAUACAUUUGGGAAAAAUAAAAUUCCUCCUAAUUUUU